AUGGCCAAUGUUAGUUCUUCUCAUGCCGCAGUUGCUGUUGGCGCUAGCGAAGCCCAUCAAAGAAAGUAUUCCUCCGAGGAAGUUAUUGAAUUGAAGGAUAAAAAAGAUUUUAAAGUGGCCCCUGAGGAAGACGCUCCAAUAAAGACUUUCACAGUCAACUCAAGUGACCACGAAGAAGACAAUGCACAUGUUUCGAAGAGACAGGUCAUGAGAGAUAUUUUUUCUAAAUACUUGAAGUUUAUUGGUCCCGGAUUAAUGGUUAGUGUGGCUUAUAUCGAUCCCGGUAAUUACUCUACUGCUGUUGACGCAGGUGCCUCCAAUCAAUUUUCACUACUUUGUAUCAUAUUGUUAUCCAAUUUUAUCGCUAUAUUCUUGCAAUGCCUAUGCAUCAAGUUAGGUUCUGUCACCGGACUGGAUUUGAGUAGGGCUUGUAGAGAGUAUUUGCCAAGAUGGCUCAACUGGACAUUGUACUUCUUCGCAGAAUGUGCUGUUAUAGCCACUGAUAUAGCCGAAGUUAUUGGUACAGCGAUUGCUUUGAACAUUCUGAUCAAGGUGCCACUACCUGCGGGUGUGGCCAUAACCGUUGUGGAUGUGUUCUUAAUAAUGUUUACAUACAGGCCAGGAGCAUCUUCAAUCAGGUUUAUUAGAAUGUUUGAGUGCUUUGUUGCAGUAUUGGUUGUUGGCGUCUGCAUUUGUUUCGCAGUAGAAUUGGCCUACAUCCCAAAGACUACCUCGGUGAAACAAGUAUUUAGGGGAUUUGUUCCAUCGUCUCAAAUGUUUGAGCAUAAUGGUAUUUAUACUGCCGUCUCUAUUUUAGGUGCUACUGUCAUGCCACAUUCCUUAUUCUUGGGUUCUGCAUUGGUGCAGCCGAGGCUUUUAGAUUAUGACGUUAAGCACGGUAAUUAUACUGUUUCAAACGAUGAUGAUAAAAAGAAGCAAUCCAAAUCUGAUGAAGCAAUCAUGGAAGAAAAAUACUACAAUUAUAGACCCACUAAUGCUGCUAUAAAGUACUGUAUGAAAUAUUCUAUGAUUGAAUUAAGCGUAACUCUUUUCACAUUGGCCCUCUUCGUCAACUGCGCCAUCUUAGUGGUAGCAGGUUCUACGCUAUACAAUUCUUCAGAGGCAGAUGGGGCAGACUUAUUUACUAUUCAUGAGUUGUUAUCGAGAAAUUUGGCACCAGCAGCAGGAACGAUUUUCAUGUUGGCGCUUUUAUUAAGUGGUCAAUCUGCAGGCGUGGUAUGUACUAUGGCAGGCCAGAUUGUUAGUGAAGGUCAUAUUAAUUGGAAGUUGCAACCAUGGCAAAGACGAUUAGCAACCAGAUGCAUUUCCAUAAUACCCUGUUUGAUCAUUUCUAUUUGUAUUGGUAGAGAAGCGUUGUCAAAGGCGUUAAAUGCUUCCCAAGUCGUCUUAUCUAUAGUCUUGCCAUUUUUGGUCGCCCCUUUGAUUUUCUUUACCUGUAAGAAAUCUAUCAUGAAAACAGAAAUCACUGUUGAUCAUACUGAAGGAGACAAUAGUAAUCAUCAAAAUGUCAACACCGCUUCUGGGGCUGUAGUCAAUGCAAGCAAUGAGGUCGACCAAAGUAAUACUAGUGAUAUGGAAUUAGAAAAUGGGAAGGAAGUCAAAAUUGUUCAUAUGGCGAAUAACUGGGUCAUCACAGUGAUUGCUAUCAUUGUGUGGAUUUUCUUAUCAUUAUUAAACGUUUACGCCAUUGUCCAAUUGGGUAUGUCGCAUGGUGAUGUCAGUUAG